AAGGUGAUUGAGGGGCGAGUAGCAGCACGUGUGCAGCUAGCCACUCCCUUUGCCGGUAGUCCCUAUCGGUUAGUGCUCCAGUGGAAGUCCUCAUAGCCGGAUGAGACACGCGUGCAGAAUUCAGGGAUAGAGGAAACUUUUUUUCAUCUGAAGAGAUAUCUCCGGGAUUCUAUAUAUUGUCCUCCGGAGUGUAUUUAGGGGACAACAUUUCAAAUUCGGAGGGGGAUUGCUGAUUCCAAGAUGGAGGUGAAGACGUCACUUCUGGACAACAUGAUAGGGGUGGGGGACAUGGUCCUGCUAGAACCCCUCAACGAAGACUCCUUCAUCAUGAACCUGAGGAACCGCUUCGACCACAAUGAGAUCUAUACGUACAUCGGCAGUGUGGUGAUCUCCAUGAACCCCUACAGGUCUCUCCCCAUCUACACUCCACAGAAGGUGGAGGAGUAUCGCAACAGGAACUUCUACGAGCUCAGCCCACACAUCUAUGCCCUGGCAGAUGAGGCCUACCGUUCUCUGAGGGACCAGGAUAAAGACCAGUGUAUCCUCAUCACAGGAGAGAGUGGAGCUGGAAAGACUGAGGCCAGUAAGCUGGUGAUGUCAUAUGUGGCGGCGGUGUGUGGGAAGGGCCAGGAGGUGAACAAGGUGAAGGAGCAGCUGCUGCAGUCCAAUCCUGUGCUGGAGGCUUUUGGGAAUGCUAAAACUAUGAGAAAUGACAACUCAUCCCGAUUUGGUAAAUACAUGGACAUUGAGUUUGACUUCAAGGGAGACCCUUUGGGUGGAGUUAUUAGCAACUAUCUACUGGAGAAGUCCAGGGUUUGCAAGCAGCCGAAAGGAGAGAGAAACUUCCACAUCUUCUACCAGCUUCUUUCUGGAGCCUCGGAUGACACCCUGAUGAAGCUGAAGUUGGACAGAGAUUUCAGUAAAUACAACUACCUGAGUCUGGAUUCAGCCAACGUCAAUGGGCUGGAUGAUGCAGCAAGCUUCAGGACCGUCAGGAAUGCCAUGCAGAUUGUGGGCUUCAUGGAGGCUGAGGUGCAGUCGGUUCUGGAGCUGGUGGCUGCCGUCCUCAAACUGGGGAACAUUGAGUUCAAACCAGAGUCCAGGGUCAACGGUUUUGACGAGAGCAGGGUCAAGGACAAGAAUGACCUGAAGGAGAUGUGUGAGCUGUUGGGGAUUGAGCAGUCUGUGCUGGAGAGGGCUUUCAGCUACCGCACCGUGGAAGCCAAGAUGGAGAAGAUGUCUACCACACUCAACGUGGCCCAGGCCUACUAUGCCCGUGAUGCCCUGGCCAAAAACCUCUACAGCCGUCUGUUCAGCUGGCUGGUCACCAGGAUCAAUGAAAGCAUCAAGGCUCAAGCAAAAACGCGCCACAAGGUGAUGGGCGUCCUGGACAUCUAUGGUUUUGAAAUCUUCGAGGACAACAGCUUUGAACAGUUCAUCAUCAACUACUGCAAUGAGAAACUGCAGCAGAUAUUCAUCGAACUGACGCUACGCGAAGAGCAGGAGGAGUAUAUCAGAGAGGACAUUGAAUGGACCAACAUAGAGUAUUUCAACAAUGCCGUUAUCUGUGACCUCAUUGAGAAUAACCAGAAUGGGAUCUUGGCCAUGUUGGAUGAGGAGUGCCUGCGGCCAGGCACAGUGACUGACGACACCUUCCUCGACAAGCUGAACACCAUCUGUGCUGAGCACCAGCACUUCGAGAGCCGUCUCAACAAGAACUCCAAGUUCCUGACAGACCACAGCCUGCCGCACAGCUGCUUCCGCAUCCAACAUUAUGCUGGGAAGGUGUUGUACCGUGUGGAGGGCUUUGUCGACAAGAACAACGACCUUCUGUACAGAGACCUGUCCCAGGCCAUGUACAAGGCCACCCACAGCCUGAUGAGACAGCUGUUUCCUGAGGGAAACCCUGCUAAGGUCAACCUGAAGAGGCCCCCCACUGCAGGCUUCCAGUUCAAGGCCUCUGUAGGGGUACUCAUGAAGAACCUGCAGACCAAAAACCCCAACUACAUCAGGUGCAUCAAGCCCAACGAUAAGAAGGUAGCCCACAUCUUCACCGACUCACUGGUGUGUCACCAGGUGCGUUACCUGGGCCUGGUGGAGAAUGUGCGCGUGAGGAGGGCUGGCUACGCCUUCCGCCAGCCCUAUGAGUCCUGUCUGGAGCGAUACAAGAUGCUCUGCAAGAAGACCUGGCCCCACUGGAGAGGACCCGCCAGGGACGGAGUGGAGGUGCUGCUGACAGAUUGUUCUGUUCCAACUGAGGAGUUUGCCUACGGACGCUCCAAGAUCUUCAUCAGGAACCCCAGAACGCUGUUCACUCUGGAAGAGAGGAGGAGGGCGUGUCUGGAGGACCUGGCCACCCUGAUCCAGAAGAUCUACCGGGGGUGGAAGUCUCGUACUCACUUUCUGCUGCUGAAGAAGAGCCAGGUGGUGGUGGCAGCCUGGUACCGCAGAUAUGCACAACAAAAUAAAUAUCAGAAGAUCAAGAGUGCUACACUAGUGAUGCAGUCCUUCAUCAGAGGGUGGAAGGCCCGCAACAUCUUGCGGCAACUGAAAUACGAGAAGAGAUGCAAGGAGGCUGUGACUACCAUUGCAGCGUACUGGCACGGGACUCAGGCUCGGAUGGAGCUGCGGCGCCUAAAGUCGGAGGCGCGGAAUAAGCGUGCCGUGUCUGUCAUAUGGGCAUACUGGCAGGGGACCAAGGCACGCAGGGAGCUGAGGCGCCUGAAGGAGGAGGCCAGGCGUAAGCACGCCGUCGCCAUCAUUUGGGCCUACUGGCUGGGACUCCAGGUCCGCCGGGAGUACAGGAAGUUCUUUAGGGCCAACGCUGGCAAGAAGAUCUACGACUUCACCAUCCAAAGAAUCAUGCAGAAGUACUUCCUUGGUCUGAAGACCACUACAAUGUCCCCUAUGGACAACAACUGGCCGGCAAAGCCUUAUGGCUUCCUGGAGGGAGCUCACACUCAGCUCAGGAGGAUCUUCCACCUCUGGAGGUGCAAGAAAUACCGGGGCCAGUUCACAGAGGAGAAGAAGGCUGUGUAUGAGGAGAAACUUGAGGCCAGUGAGAUCUUCAAGGACAAGAAGGCUCUGUACCCCAGCAGUGUCAGCCAGCCUUUCAAGGGAGACUAUCUGGAGAUCCAGAAGAACCCCAAGUACCAGAAGCUGAACAGUGCUAUGGAGGAGAAGGUGCUACUGGCUGACCUGGUGAACAAGAUCAACAGGGCCAACGGCAAGGGGUCGCCGAGGCUCUUCCUGCUGACCAAAAGCAACUUUGUCCUGGCUGACCAGAAGACUGGCCAGGUGAAGGCCAGCGUGCCGCUGCCAGACCUCGCUAGCGUGUCGGUCAGCACACAGAGUGACGGCUUCUUCGCCCUCAAGCUCAAAGAGGGCUCUGCUUCAGCUUCCAAAGGUGACUUCCUGCUGAGCAGUGAGCAUCUUAUAGAGAUCAUCACCAAACUCCACCGCAUAGGGACCACUGCUGCAGACAGGGACCAGAUCAACAUUGACAUCUCAGACGAGUUCCUGGUGCAGUUCAAGCAGGACAAGGUGUGUGUGAAGUUCAUCCAGGGGGGGCCUAAGAACGGAAACAGUGCUGCCUGCAAACGCAAGAACAACCGCCUACUGGAGGUGUCUGUGCCAUCACCAUAGAGAUGACAAAGCCUCCUAUAAUACUUAGUUGUCAUGACAGUUCACAAUCAGGCCUAAACUCCAGCCCCCGCCCCCCAAUGACUGUGCAAUUACUCUGCUUUUUGUGUUUUGUUGUUGAUUCCUCUAUUCAGAAUCCUUGCAUCACUGUAAUAUUUAACUGCGCUGACACUUUUGGUAGAGAGUGAAAGACCCAUAGGAUUGCAUGGCGAUAGGGUUAUAGGAGAGAAUAUAUGUUUUACUAGUUUUAAAAGAUGUGGGUGAAAAAAAAUAAGUGCUCUCUUGUCAAUGGAGCACAAGAUAUCUCCAGUCAGAUGAUACUGAUUGUUGAGCUUGGGAAAGCUAAUAUGGAGGCUGUGUGGUGUGGUAUCAAGCCAUACCCAUGUUCCGAGAUCUGUAAAGGGCAACGAAAGAAAGUGCUGACAAGACACACCCCUGCACUAGAUUUGGGUCCUCAUCGGUUUAUCUGUUUAAGCUCUGAAAUGGCAACUCAAUAGAUCAACGAUGACCAGAGAGCUUUCAGGAUUGCUCUGAAAGUUAAACUAUGACUGCACUUGUAAUGUUCACCUGGGUGAGUUAAAAUUUGAAAAGAUGGUGAUUAAUAGUCAAAAUAUUAUCUGGGUUGUUUUUGUUUUCCUUUGCUGACACCUACACAAAUGACUACAGUGGGUGGUCAAGUACAAGAAUCAACACUUGUCAAAUGUGAUUUGCCAAGUGAUGGAUUGUCAACCACUUAGUAUCCAAAAAACCCCUGUGUGCCAUUCAGCCGCCCUACUCUGUGAGGUGCCAUGACGUGCUACAUGUAUCCAUCUGUAGUCAUCUAGUCAGGUCUUGGACACUCACAAAAAAAACAAAAAGUUGAAGGGUCCCUACUCAGUUUAUAAGUAAAUGCCAAAGAAAAGUUGAAAGGGGGCCUCAAUCAACCAGGACCAAGACUUUAUUUGAAAACACUGCACACUUUUCUCACUUUCCAGUUGUCCUUAAAGUACUUUACAUCUCUAAACUUUACCACAGGAAUUGAGAUGGUUCCCAAGUCUACCUUGAUAACUAUCCCAGAUUAAAUGCUGAUCAGUCUUUUUAGAGCCACAAUGCUGCUUGUUUUCAAUGGUCCUCUUGUUUGAAAUUGAAGGGAAAUGGAACUCUUUGCCUUCAACGCUGCCUAGGCUAGGCUACACCAUCUCAAGCAUCCCUCCACCCUUUGGCAUGAGAGUAAUAAAAUAGUAAGAGGAAUGCAGCAUGGCAACAGACAGGACAUAAGAUUGAGUCCUACUUUCUGCGACUGACAUUUCUCAAACGCAUGCUGUAGAGAAACACUCACUCACUCACUCACUGUAUCAUACACAUCAACUGUACAUGCUAAAACAGACCCAGCAUGGAUGGAGUAUGUAUGGAUAAAUUAUAGUGUCCUCAUGCUAGGUCUCUUAUUGCUGUGCUGCAGAAAUAUCUAUCUAUAUUUGCCAUUGCAAUGUGGGCUGUUAUAUAUAUAUUUUGUAGCCCCACUCUGGCUAAUAAUAAAUGCAGUGUUUUUCUUGGGAUUAUGCGUAUGGCCAUGUAGUAUAUUCUUGGGAAGUUUUUUCAGAAAUUUAGCAAUCACAGCUUCACUGUCUGCUCUGCCUGUGUAUGAAUGUGAUAUACUUUACACACACACAAGCCAAUGUCACUUCAGUCAUUGCUCUAUUUGGAAGUAUAUUUAAUGAUAUUCUUUAUCGGGAUGUUUUAGUGGGGGGUUUUGUACUGUUGACUUCAAGGUUAAACCAAUGGGUUCUCUGGUGGUGACAAUGUGGAGGUGGAAGGUCAGCCAAACUGCUCUAGAUCACACACCUAUAGAUUACUGGUGUACCUUAAAAUAAAUAACUUUUUUACAUGUUUUUGUUAUUCCACAGGUGGACUUGAGGAAUUAUUGUUGUUUUUUCCUUCCACGGGGGAAGAUGUUGAACUGAGUCAAUGCAUGUUUGUGCUUCUCAGUUCUGUACAGUUUGAGAUUUCAAUGCAGUUUGCUAUAACCACCUCUGUGUUUGUAUUUGAAGUAAAAUACGAAAAUAAACUCGAUGUAUGCAUUCUUGUUGUGUGCCUAAUGUAACCUGCGCUGCGAGAUGGAGAACAUGGAAGUGUUUCAGUCCUCAAUGUAACAAAUUUACCAGUAAUGCUUUUCAAAUUAAAAAAGCAAUAAAUAAAUGGACUACUUUGAUUUUGUUGGUUUUGAAUGCA